AGAGAGAGAGAGAGAGAGAGAGAGAGAGAGAGAGAGAGAGAGCCUAAGCAACAGUUCUCAGCAGCAGCGACCUCCUCCCCCUCAGACCGCUGCGGGGAUACUGACCCUUGGUCCGCUUCGCUGACCUUCAAGGACCACCUCGACUUUUCGCUCGCGUGCGCGCCCGCGAGCCUCAGGAUCUCCUUCUCGGGGGGGGGGGCUCUCGACGGGGACUACUUCCACUUCCAAAGGUUGACGAAAUACAGUAUAUCGACAAAUAAAUCCACGACCACACACCGACUGACUGGCACAAUAUCAAAGUGGACCCUUACUCUCAGCAGCACUAACAGCGUCCUACUCAUAGACAGAACAAGGGAAGUAACCCUUACGAUCUCCUUGUCUAACGGUCGGGUCGGAGACUGUUACGAAGUGCAGUUCAAAGCUGAUACAAACAUCGACUUCCGUUUUGUUCAUCAAGAAGACAGUCCUUCAUGCAGUGUGCUUGCGUCAAAAACAACAACAACAACAACAACAACAACAAUGAAAACUGAAGCCCAACCAGCGUCAACCCGGACGAACCCCGUCAACGAAGACCUACCUCCUUCCGAUUCUCCAGCAGCCUCGGCAGACACAACCAGCUCCUCGGUCCUGUUUACCAGCCCUGACCUUGGCGGAGCGGAGGAAACGGAAAUCCUCGACGCUGAGGUCACGAGCAACGAGGGAUGCGCUGAGAGGGAUACUGGGUUGGCAAUUCUGAUGGCGGUCAUGGUGGUGCUUCUGUGAUUUCAUGCCUAGAUAUAUGCAGUUAUGUGUAUUAACAUGCAUACUUACAUAAUCACACACAUAUAGCUUUUUAU